AAUCUGUUUGAGCGUGGAGGGAGCACUGGUUGAGAGGUGACUGCUGCCUCAAUGGAGAUGUCUGCUUUGAGGCCACACUGUCCCUUAUGCCGCCGCAGCUUCUCGCGCCCCUUCUCUCUCCCUUCCCUUUUACCGUCUCCGUCACUCCAACGAAGAAAAAAUCAGUCAUUCCAAAUUUCAUACAAUGGCCUCCGAACCAGCUCUGUGCUUGAAAAUUCUGUACAAUCUAGAGCAGGUUUUUCAUGCUGUACAAAAGGGACAUCUACAGGGCUAAGUAAAUACAAUGGCGUAAGGUAUGAGCGUGAUUUUCCAUGCAAAAGUCCAGUUUGCAUUUCAUCUAUGAAAAUUGCAAAUGCAUCGACUGGCACACUGGAGGAGAUGACAGAGGAAGAAGAGCUGGAAUCUUUGCGUUCAUGUGAAACGAAAGUUAGGAUGAUGGAUGUGGCUUCUUGCAAUAAUGGAUUUUCCGCAAGCACUGUGGGCAAAAACUUGUCUGGUGGUGAUUGUAGGGGCUGGACUAUAGCAAAAGAUAAGUUAACAGAAAACAAAAAGGAAAUGAACGGCUCAAAUAAAUUUGACAGGGAAAAUGGUUGUUCUAAUGCAUCUAAUGGAGCUGCUUCCUUUGGUCAGAACCAGGCUGUUUUUAAGAAUGGGGACAGUAAUAUUAUACUGCAGGAUCAUCGGGAUCAUGUCUCAUCUGCUGUUAAGUAUUCUGUAUUAAACAAAUCAAAGGUGUUUGUAGAUUCUGAAAGGUUGGUCCGCCAGUGUAACGAAUCUACUUUGGAAAUUAGUAAGGAGAAAAUCACUGUAAUCAAUGGUGAUCAUGGUUUGGAUGGAAUUGCAAAAGAUUCAAUUAAUGUAACAUCUGCUAAACAGGCAGGUGGUACUGAUAAAAUAAACCUUCGGAAUAGGCUCUGUAGUAUCUAUGAGGAUAUUCUGGUUGUUGAUAAUAUAUCUCUUGCAGAGGAAGUUUCCAAGAUGCUCACAACAAAGUACAGGCAUCUUAUAUACGCAUGUGAUACCGAGUGUGUGUAUCUGUUUGCGUACUAUGGACAUUAUCUGCCGAUUUUAUUGUCUUCAAAGGUAGCCAAGAUAGAUGUCAAACAAGAAACUCCUGUUGAUCAUGGUGAGAUAAUAUGCUUCAGCAUUUAUUGUGGUCCAGAAGCUGAUUUUGGAGGUGGAAAGUCCUGUAUCUGGGUAGAUGUUCUUGAUGGUGGAGGCAAAGAGAUUUUAGAAAAAUUUGCCGAAUUUUUUAGUGACUCUUCCAUAAGGAAGGUCUGGCAUAAUUAUAGCUUUGACUGUCAUGUUAUAGAGAAUUAUGGGUUCAAAGUUUCUGGAUUCCAUGCCGAUACAAUGCACAUGGCACGAUUAUGGGAUUCUUCUAGACUUUUAGAUGGAGGUUAUUCUCUUGAAGGGCUUACAGGUGACAGAAGAGUCAUGUCUAGGACUCAGCUGAACCAUCAAAAGGAUUUGAUUGGUAAGGUCUCAAUGAAAACUAUAUUUAGUAAGAAAAAAUUGAAAAAGGAUGGAUCCGAGGGUAAAACAAGUGUCAUUGCUCCUGUUGAAGAGCUACAGAGAAAUGAGCGUAUACCUUGGAUAUGCUAUUCUGCCCUGGAUGCUAGCAGCACUUUGAAGCUGUAUGAGAGCCUAAAAGGCCAUCUUUCAGACAUGCCCUGGAAAUUCGAUGGUGUGCCAGUGUAUGGGAAAACCAUGUAUGAUUUCUAUAAUGAAUAUUGGCGGCCAUUUGGUGAGCUUCUAGUCAUGAUGGAAUCUGAGGGAAUGCUGGUUGAUCGGGCUUAUCUUGUAAGCAUAGAAAAGGUGGCCAAAGUAGAGGAAGAGAUAGCUGCUAAUAGAUUCCGGAAAUGGGCAAGUAGGUAUUGUCCAGAUGCCCAAUAUAUGAAUGUGGGAAGUGAUUCACAGUUGCGCCAGCUACUAUUUGGUGGCACUUUGAACAGGAAGGACUCCAAUCUGGCACUUCCAACUGAACGAAUAUUCAAAAUUCCCAAUGUUGAUAAUGUGAUUGAAGAAGGCAAGAAGGCUCCGAAAAAAUUUCGUGAUAUAAAGGUGACGAGCCUAGGUUAUAACUUGAAGACUGAGAUGUACACCGCAACUGGUUGGCCGUCAGUUAGUGGUGACGUCUUAAAGGCCAUGGCUGGAAAAAUUUCUGCAGAUUAUGACUUUUUUGAUGAGGAUUGUAACUUGGAACUUGGUGAUGAAGAUGGAAAUACUUCUCAAAAUCAAGUUGCACCCCUAAAAAUUGAUUCAUCUGCUUAUGGAACAGCCUACGCUGCCUUUCCAACAGAGGAAGAAGGGAGAGAAGCUUGUCAUGCAAUUGCUGCUUUGUGUCAAGUUUGUUCUAUCAACUCUUUGAUAUCUAACUUCAUCCUUCCCCUUCAGGGACAAAAUAUAUCUGGCAAAGAUCUUCGUGUUCAUUGUUCCUUAAAUAUCAACACAGAGACAGGACGCUUGUCAGCAAGAAGGCCAAAUCUGCAGAAUCAACCUGCUCUGGAAAAAGACCGAUACAAAAUCCGUCAAGCAUUCAUUGCUUCACCUGGGAAUUCCCUUAUAGUUGCUGAUUAUGGGCAGCUGGAACUUAGGAUUCUGGCUCACCUUGCAGACUGUAAGAGCAUGUUGGAAGCUUUUAAAGCUGGUGGAGAUUUUCAUUCAAGGACUGCAAUGAAUAUGUACCCAUAUAUUCGUGAAGCAGUUGAGAUAAAGGAAGUGCUUCUUGAGUGGCAUCGUAAGCCUGGUGAAGAUAAACCCCCAGUUCCUCUUUUGAAGGAUGCCUUUGCUUCUGAAAGAAGAAAAGCUAAAAUGCUUAACUUCUCAAUUGCAUAUGGGAAGACACCGGUUGGGCUUUCCAAGGAUUGGAAGGUUUCUGUGAAAGAUGCUAAGAAAACAGUUGACCUUUGGUACAAUGAUAGAAAAGAGGUUUUACAAUGGCAAGAGGAGCGUAAAAAGGAAGCUCACGAGUUACAUUGUGUACACACAUUGCUAGGGCGAGCACGACGGUUCCCUUUGAUGGCCCAAGCUAACAAAUAUCAGAAAGGUCACAUUGAGAGAGCUGCUAUCAAUACUCCAGUGCAGGGUAGUGCAGCUGAUGUUGCCAUGUGUGCCAUGUUGCAAAUUUCCAAGAAUAAGCAGUUAAAGGAACUUGGGUGGAAAUUACUUCUACAGGUUCAUGAUGAGGUCAUAUUGGAAGGACCAACUGAAUCGGCUGAGGUUGCAAAGUCCCUAGUUGUUGAGUGCAUGUCCAAACCCUUUAAUGGCAAGAACAUUCUUAAAGUUGAUCUAUCUGUUGAUGCCAAGUGUGCUCAGAACUGGUAUGCUGGGAAAUAGGUACUCCCUUCCUUGUACGGCAAAAAAGCCAUUGCUGUUCUGUUUAGAGAUGUUUUCUCAUUCAGAUAGCUUUUGCUGCUCCUCCUUUGGUGAUUACAAACCAAAGAUGCCACUACUCUGCUGCCUCUACUUUCAAGGCAAAUAAGCCAUAAAUAUCUUCAUGUGCUUGAUUUUUAUAGAGGUUUUGUACGUCCUAGGAAGUCAGUCAUUUCCAGUGUGAUAUUUUGGUAACACCAAAGCAUGGCACUUUUUUAGAGAAUUUCCAGUGUGAUGUUUUGGUCUUUCCAAAGCCUAACGCGUUGAAACUUUGAAGGAAGAAAAAGGCCAAAAUUACUGGCCUCGGCUUUUUACUUCAGUUGUCAUGUCUUUCUUUUAUGCCUUGCAUCAUGUACCAGUUUGGUCUUUUUGGUUGAUGCAAACCAUAUCAAUAUUGUAUAUAGAUUAUUAUAAAAUGAACUUGUCUACAUUUCUAUU